AUGAGGGAAGUGAAUUUUGUCAACCGCCGGACGCGUCAGCUGCUGUUCCUCAUCUUGGCGGUGACCCAACUCUGCGGCAUCACCACCUGCGUCUACAGCUUUCGCGAGAAGAGCUUUCGUCCCUCCAGUGCCCUCCAGAUAUACGGAGGCCUCAUCUUAUCCUUUGUGUCGUUGCUGCUGUAUGCAAGCUUCAGUUUGAUGCUUCUGCAUGUGGAAAAAACAUGGCCACUCUUGGUGGGCACCUACGUGAUGCUGGCAGUUCGAGUUCAGGGCUUUUGGGCUAGCAAGGAUCUAGUGCGGCUCCUCAACGAGCUCCUUGAGGUCGUGGAAGAGGUUAAUGUGAUGGCCAGGCAUCCGAAUAUCUUCCGGCUGAGACACCUGCUGCUCUUGAUUCUGGGCCUACAGAAUCUCCUACGAUGCCUGCUCAUGCUGGCUGACCUCAGUCUGGGUGUCGGAUUCGUGGGUUUUACAGUCACUGUGCUGCUCCUAUUUCUGCUGGCCUUCCUGCUUACCUUCCUCCUUCAAAUAACCAUCAAUCUCUGCCUGUUGGUGGUCCUCAUAGCCAGCUACAAUGAGUUGCAUCGCUGCACUCGCAGGAUCUCCAAUGAUUUGGAUUCGCUGAGGCAAUCCAGAGUCCUGGAAAGUGGCCAGUUUCUGGUGCUGGUGAAGCAGCUUCACACGAUUACCGAGGAAUUAAUUCAACUUCGAGUGAGAAUCUUUCAGCUGACACAAAAAAUUAUAGAGCACUUUCGCUUCCAUUGGCUGUGUGGGCUGGUCUACGGGUUGAUACCCUUUUACUGCUUUAAAGCCAUUAAUGUCAAGGACUUUUACUACUUGGGAAUUUCCGCUUUGAACUUGAUAUUUCAUUGCACGGUUUUUAGAAUACUAUCCUGGGAGUCCAGGACAACGAGAAGUUUUUGCCACUUUCAGAUGAGUAACUAUCACCAGGAGUUUGACAGAACUAUUGACAUCCUGUUGCACCAGGAAAUCAGGCAACACCUUAAGGUUUCCAUAUAUAAAGUCACCUUGGACACAAAAUUCCUGCUCAGACUCCUCUCCCUCUGCGCCUUUUGGGUUUUUGUGAACCGCCAAGGAUACUUGCUGCUCCAUCGGAAUAUUGUUUAA